GCCUUGUACUCCAACCUGUGCCUCCGACCCAGAGACAGCCUGAACCUUACGACCCAGUUCUGCACACAUCCAGGAAGUUCUGCCUUUUCUUCUCUUUCGGUGUCUCCGAUACUCCUCAAAAUUUCUCCUCCUCCUGUGCCCUCCUCGCCCCCCUCCUUUGGGGGCCCCGUGACCCUGAAUGUCGGGGGCACGCUAUAUUCCACUACUUUGGAGACCCUGACUCGAUUCCCAGACUCCAUGCUGGGGGCCAUGUUUAGGGCCGGUACCCCCAUGACCCCCAACCUCAAUCCCCAGGGAGGCGGCCACUACUUUAUCGACCGAGAUGGCAAGGCCUUCCGGCACAUCCUCAAUUUCCUACGGCUGGGCCGCCUGGACCUGCCCCGUGGAUACGGGGAGACAGCGCUUCUCAGGGCAGAGGCUGACUUUUACCAGAUCCGGCCCCUCCUGGAUGCCCUGCGGGAACUGGAGGCCUCUCGGGGGACCCCGGCACCCACAGCCGCCCUGCUCCACGCAGACGUAGAUAGCAGCCCCCGCCUGGUGCACUUCUCUGCUCGUCGGGGCCCACACCACUAUGAGCUGAGCUCUGUCCAGGUGGACACCUUCCGGGCCAACCUCUUCUGCACUGACCCUGAGUGUCUGGGUGCCAUGCGUGCCCGAUUUGGUGUGGCCAAUGAGGACAGGGCGGAGAGAGGCCCACACUUUCAUCUGGAAUGGGCCCCCUGCCCUGCAGAGCUCCCCGAAGUGGAGUACAGGAGACUGGGGCUGCAGCCGCUGUGGACUGGGGAGCCAGGAGAGCGACGGGAGGUGGUGGGCACUCCGGGCUUCCUGGAGGAGGUGCUGCGGGUGGCCCUGGAGCAUGGCUUCCGUCUCGACUCUGUCUUCCCUGACCCCGAAGACCUGCUCAACUCCCGAUCUCUGCGCUUUGUCCGGCACUAGGAACUGAGAACUAGGAAUGCUGCCCUCAGUUUGACUGUGUGGGCGAGGGGGGGCGGGUAGAAAGAAUGGGUCAGUAAAGAGGGUGAAGUCUUUCCUGAGCCUCUUCCUAGCUCUGCUCCUGGAGCUGUGAGAGUCAGGGGCCCCGUUGCACCUGACUGGAGCCCAGAUGUGGGCAGGAAUCCCCAAACCGGAGAGAGCCCAAGGGCUCAGGAGACCAGAGGGUCUGGACUGGUGCUAAUCCUGGGAGGGGUGGGGAAGCUUCCCUGGCUGGUCCUCGCCUGAGCCUGGGGACCUUCGGUGUUUCCUUGCUUGGAGCUUAGUAUCCAGGGUCUGGAAAAGUGGGGAUGCUUCUCUGCCCAGGCUAGGCUUAGCAGAACCGUGGAGGGACAGUGAGGUCUGGGGGAAAUGAGAGACUUUGGAUUGCUCUAAUGUGGUCUUCUGGACGGUGACUUCUCCUGGAGCUGGUGGCCUGGCCUGGCCUGACCAAUGAGAGGUCAGAACACUCUGAAACACGGGAAGGGAGAUUCUUUGCUGUGUUCCAAGCCACCACUGAGGGAGACAGAAGGGCUACACCCCACCCUAGCUUGGCACAAGGGAGCUAGGAGAAUCCCCAUUAACUAUGGGGCUGGAGCAUCCCUCUGGAGAUCCAAGUGUUUUAAAGGAUCCCAUAUUGAUGGUGGGGCUGGCCAUGGGGAGGAGCGGGGCAUCUCCUUGGGUCCUGGCCUUCCUUCCUUCAUGUGUACGUGCCUGUUAGCCAGUGAGUCUGACUGAUGCAUGGGUCCCUGGCAUCCUGGCUCCCAUCCAUGUCGCUGGAGGUGGUGUCUGUGUGCUGGCCUUUCUGUGGUCUCUGCGUGUCCAGGCCUGUUUGGGGUUGCCCAGAAACUGUUUUGGCACCAGGUAUGUCUGCGGUGUGGGUGUGAGUAGACUGAGAAUUAGUUUAAUCCCAAGGUGUGUGUGUGUACAUGUGCUUCACAUCACCACGUAGGCAGGAGGGGCCUGCUGGGCUUUGAGUCACUAGGAUCUUCUGGUGAGAAGUAAGAGAAGUCACUGGGCUUAGCUGGGCCUUGGAGGCCUGUAUAGAACUCUCAGUUACUAAGGCAACAAUGAGCCUGUUGCUAGGAGAUAGCUGGGGAAGGCCCAAGGCUGCCCAGGGCAGAGAGGAGAUGAACAGAAGAGUUUGAGAGAGUGGGGGAGGAUAUAGAAAGGGAUGGGAUACUCACAAACAACUUUUUCACUGGGGGAGUCACUUAUUUAUCACUGGUCAUGAUUUACAAGAAGAAAAAUAAAGUUGCUUUUGGAA